UUUUUUUUUUCCUCGCUCUCUCUCUUCUCUCUCUCUCUCUCUUUCUUUUUAUUACAAUUAAUUCUAAUAGACAAAUAUAUCUCUAUCAUCCUAAGCAUUGCAUUGCAAUAACUCAUACAUCAUGGCAACUGCAACAACUCAAGUCCAACAGCAACUCCAAUCUCUAAAACAAUCCCAGCAGACAGUUUCUACAAUUAAUUCUUCUACUGCUGCUACGACAACUAUCACUAAAAGAGAUCCGUUUUGGCUCGGAGGCGCAGCUUCAUGUUCCGCCGCUUUAGUUUCACAUCCUUUUGAUCUGGCAAAAGUCAGGUUGCAAACAACUCAGGGGGCCAGCCAACUGGGCAUGAUCGGGACAAUGAUCAAUGUGGCAAGGCAUGAAGGCUUCUUUGCUCUUUACAAUGGUCUCUCUGCGAGUCUGUUACGUCAAGGAACCUAUUCGACUGUUCGUUUUGGAACUUAUGAUGUGUUGAAAGAAAAGUUUGGUCCAAAAGACGGCAGCAGAAUUCCAGUGACCACCAUGUUAUUAUGUGGUGUUCUAGCAGGAUGUGUGGGUGGAGGAUUCGGCAACCCGGCUGAUGUGGUCAAUAUUCGGAUGGUGAACGAUGGCAAAUUGCCCAUGAGUCAACGAAGACAUUACAAGCAUGCGUUCGAUGGACUGUACAGGAUCGUAAAGGAGGAAGGUCCUUCACAGCUCAUGAGAGGAUUGGGUCCUAACAUGAACAGAGCUAUUCUCAUGACCAGUUCUCAGUUGGUUUCCUACGAUGGUUUCAAACGUCAGUUGUUGGCUACUCCCUGGUUCAAGGAUAAUUUGAUCACACAUUUUGCUUCGUCGCUCUUGGCUGGCCUUGUUGCGACCACUGUAUGUGCUCCCUUGGAUGUUCUCAAGACGAGAAUCAUGAACUCAUCAGGAGGAGGGACUUCAUCAACACAAAUGUUCUUCCAUAUUAUCAAGACUGAAGGCCCAACCGCACUCUUCAAGGGCUGGCUCCCAGCAUUUUUGCGUCUUGGUCCUCAUACCAUUGUGACCUUCAUAGUCCUAGAGCAACUCAAGGUCAUCGUUCAUCGUCAAAAGAAAUAAACUACUUGCAUGCUUCUACUUUCCCAUUAUAAAUGUUCAAGCACAAAUCCAAUAAUUGACUC